GUCUACUUUCAGUUUCGUCUAUCUUAGAGAGCGUUGGUUUAGUAGAUCUAGAUAUAGAUCUAGAUCUAGUCUUUCUUGGUACCAUCAAUGGAACAACCAACAGUUGUACUUUCGGAUGAGUACACAAGGCCUGUCAGCAUUGUUGACGUUUUUGUUGCCAACAUAACGAACAAAAAAUUGACUUCUGCAAUUGUGAAAACCCUUGCUGAAAUUGCCCCUUUGGAAAAUCUUCAGCACCUGAAAAGAGUGAAAGGAUCAAAAGAUGGACCACUACAAAUUGUUUUGUGCCAGCCAGAAACAGAUCUUUCAGGCGGUGAUAAAUGCAAGAUGCAUUUGGAUAUCAACAAGAUUGAAGGUUUAGGGAAGGAGUAUUUAGUAAAGGUCCCAGCAAAGCCUCCAGUGACUCGUAAGCAGUUUGAAGAAUCUCUCAAGUAUUGGCCAGUCAAUUUUCAUGAAGAUAAAGAAGUGGCAGCUUUGAUGUCAGGGAAAUAUUUUAAAGAUGCAGAGCUGGAAAAGAUAAAGCUUUAUAUGGAAAUGGCUGUAAGGUUGGCUGAACAUGGAAGAGUGAAAAAUCAGUUAUCUAUAGGUGCUGUAAUUGUGGAUCCAAGCAAAGAUUCUGUGGUUGCAAAGGCUUAUGACUUGAGACAAUCUGGCUAUCCUUUGCAACAUGCUGUGAUGGUGGCUAUUGAUCUUGUUGCGUAUUCUCAAGGAGGUGGAAUGUGGAAGUUGCCAGAGGAGAGGGUAGUGCAGUCCUGUGAUGCUGGUCUAUGGUAUGCAAAGGGCUUUCCUUCUGAGGAAUGUUCCAAGGACAGAACUGAACCUUAUCUGUGCACUGGUUAUGACUUGUACGUUACUCAGGAACCGUGUGUGAUGUGCAGUAUGGCCCUUGUUCACUCAAGAAUUGGACGAGUUUUUUAUGGCUCUGCUCAGCCUGCGGGAGCUCUGGGAUCUCGCUAUGCCAUCCACUACCAACCUGGGCUGAACCAUCACUUCAGUGUUUUUAAAGACUGCCUUAGUAAAGUGACUGAUAGACUUUACACAGGCAGCUGACAAAAAUGAUACCUUCAUAGAUUAUCAUAUUUUUUAUCCUCUCUAGUGGGUACAAAGAUUGAACUAAAACUGAUCAGUGGACCAGCCUAACAAAUCUGAAAACAAGGAUAGGCCUAGAGAACAAUUGACUGCCAUUUGGUUGAAGACUUUAAUCUUUAAUCUUUGUUUUUACUGUUUAUUAGAUAUUUUAACCAUAUGUGUCACGACACGGUGGAAUCGGGCGCU